AACCUCUCCCAAAACCUGUUUCUGUCAAGAGCAUUACAGGUGCUUCCCCUUUAGCACAACGAUCAAUCUUUUCGAAUCUAAGAUGCUAGCUCAAAAGGUAGCCCAUACGCGCUGCUCGGCAAGGCAACGACAGGCCGGGGCGCGGUGCCCCCGAGUGCUGGCUGCUGCCAGCAGCACCGGCAACAGCACCCCCAGCAGCGUGCCUGCGGCUGAGCGCACCCGCACCUCCUUCCAUCAUGGAAUCACCUACAUUAGCUAUGAGGUUAACACGGCAGUCAUCAAGUUCAACACGUCAGGCGUGCGCGUGCUGAUUGACCCCUGGUUCGUGGGCGAGCUCACGUUCGGCGGCGCGGACUGGAUGUACGCGGGCCGCAAGCGGGUGAUCGGGCGCGACACGCGGGUGGACAUGCAGCAGGUGCUGGCGGAGGCGGACGUGGUGGUGAUCACGCAGGGCCUGGACGACCAUUGCCACAUCCCCACGCUGUCGGCUGUGGCCAACAAGGGCGUGCACGUGGUGGCCAAUGCCGAGGCGGCGGCACGCAUGCGGCCGCUGGGCUUCAACAACAUCACAGUGCUGGCGCCGGGGCAGGCCACGUCCGUGCCGGGGCAGGCGGGCGGCCGGCUGCGGAUAACCGCCACCGCUGGCGCGCUGGUGGGCCCGCCCUGGAGUGCGCGGCAGCUGGGUCUGGUGAUGCGCGAGGAGGUGCCGCCGGGCGAGCGGCCCGCCUCGCUGUACUUCGAGUCCCACUGCGACUUCGACGCCGGCAGUGUGGAGGCGGGGCUGCGCAGCGCGGGCCUGGCGGCGGGCGAGGGCGUGGACGUGUGUGUGAGCCCCGUGGUGACCACGCUGCUGGGCAUGCCGGGCGUGGCGCCGGCGUCCUACGCGCUAGUGCAGGGUGACCAGAACCUGGCGUCGCUGCUGCGAGUGCUCAAGCCCAAGGUGCUACUGCCGCUGCUGAACCACGACAUCGACCACCGGGGGCCGCUCACCCAGAUCAUGUGGCAGAAAGGCGAAGAGACGGGCGUGGCGGACCUGCUGCGGCAGGCGGGUCUUGGCGAUGUGCGGGUGGAAUACCCCGCGCCGCCGGGCGAGGCGCUGGCGCUGGCGCUGUGAGCGUGAGGCGGCAUGCUGUCAGCGGCUGCUGCUUAGUUGGCGUUUAUAGUUGGCGUUUGAGUUGGCGUUUGGAGUGGCGUGUGUGCGCUGUUGCCGCUGUCUGUCAGAGCGGUCGGGCUGCCUGCGGGGCGUAGGGAGUGAGGACGCGGGCACGCGGCGCUGAGGCUGUUGGGCGCAGCGGCCCGGUGGUCACGAUGUGGCGGUGGUGGAUACACCUGCAGCGGUGGAGCGGAUGUGUGAGGGCGACAUUGCCCUGGGUGACUGCAGACAUUGAGGCGCGGGACGGGGGCGGGGGCGGGGGACGAUGGGCCAGCAACGGUGCGUGGGUUGGCAACACUGGAUGCUAUGGGACAUGGCAAAGGAAGCAAGCGGCUCGUAUUCCGUAAACAAAUUGCACCCAUCCCAGGUUGGCAACGCUGGGUACGGUACACGGGUGAAGCGUUUGGGGCGAUCGCAUUGAUCCAGAUGGCGCUCAUAUUGCGAAUUCGCAUUGGAGUAACAUUUCUCUCAAUUGGGAUGUCAGGAUGCACUUCAGGGCUGCUUGGCGCAGAUGAUACUUUCGUGGGUAGCCUCAGGUGGUUGCGUAAGGCUGGGUGCUGUUGAUGCAGGGCCUCUACCCUAGGGCGCGGGCGGUCCCGCAGGGCUUGUAUGACCCACCUCGGGCAAUGCGCACCCGGACCGAGCCGGUGUAGCCGUUGCUAAACUGCUGAAGGCGCGAUGGGUCGGGUUUGGCACGGAAUUUGCUUGUGCAACACUUGAGGGCGGCGAAUACCGUGUGCGCUCGCAGACCGGUGCUUGGGGACAUAAACCGCGUGCGUGACUACAUUUCUC